GCUCCUUCACGAUAAGAACGCAAGCCGAACUCGAAACGCUCCACUCUUCCCUUUCCGCCUCGAACUCCCUUUCUUCGCCGCCGUCUCCGGUUCUCAAUCGACCCCUCGCCGGCGUUCAACAUGGAUAUCGAUUCCUUACCGAUGAGGAAGCAUCACGCCAAGAUCUACCAGGAAUGGUUCUCCCUCGCGGAUUCAGACGGGGAUGGACGCAUCACGGGAAAUGACGCCAUCGCCUUCUUCGCCAUGUCCAAUUUGUCUCGCGCCGAUCUUAAGCAGGUAUGGGCCAUUGCAGACUCUAAACGGCGUGGUUAUCUGGGCUUCAAAGAGUUUGUUUCAGCAAUGCAGCUUGUGGCGUUAGCACAAGCAGGCAGUGAGAUUAACCAAAAUACACUUUCUAAUGCGGAUUUGGACAAAUUGAAUCCUCCACUUAUGGAAGGCCUAGAAAAUUUACUUUGUAGAAAUAAGGCUUCAUCAGUGAAAAAUGAACCUGAACCUGAGCCAUCGGUGAAUAUUCAGACACAAAAACCAACAUUACAGUGGUUCGGCUCUAAAUCAGCAAAAACGUUACCAUUGAGCUCAGUUACUUCCAUUGUUGAUGGAUUGAAGAGGCUAUACCUCGAAAAGCUGAAACCUCUUGAAGUUACCUAUCGUUUCAAUGAUUUUGCCUGCCCUUUGUUGACAAACAGUGAUUUUGAUGCUAAGCCCAUGAUCAUGCUCCUGGGCCAAUAUUCCACUGGAAAAACAACAUUCAUUAAACAUUUACUGAAGUCAAGUUAUCCAGGUGCUCAUAUCGGUCCAGAACCAACCACUGACCGUUUUGUUGUGAUAAUGUCCGGACCCGAUGAAAGGACUGUUCCUGGGAAUACUAUUGCUGUACAAGCGGAUAUGCCUUUCAAUGGUCUUACAACGUUUGGAUCUGCAUUUUUAUCAAAGUUUGAGUGCUCACAAAUGCCAAAUUCGCUGCUGGAACACUUAGCGUUUGUCGAUACUCCUGGCGUACUUUCUGGAGAAAAACAACGAACUCAACGCAGUUAUGACUUCACCGGUGUUACUUCAUGGUUCGCAUCGAAAUGUGAUCUUAUUCUUCUUUUGUUCGAUCCACAUAAGCUCGACAUCAGUGAUGAGUUCAAACGUGUUAUUGCCUCUCUUCGUGGCCAUGACGACAAAAUACGUGUGGUCCUGAAUAAAGCGGAUCAAGUUGACACUCAACAGCUUAUGAGAGUUUAUGGUGCAUUGAUGUGGUCACUCGGAAAAGUUCUAAAUACUCCUGAAGUAAUGCGUGUAUACAUCGGUUCGUUCAAUGACAAACCCAUAAACGAGGCAGCGGUUGGUCCACUUGGGAAGGAGCUGUUUGAAAAAGAACAGGAUGAUCUCCUUUCUGAUUUGAAAGAUAUUCCUAAGAAGGCUUGUGAUCGCAAGAUCAAUGAAUUCGUUAAGAGAGCUAGAGCAGCAAAAAUUCAUGCUUAUGUCAUUAGUCACCUUAAAAAUGAGAUGCCAGCGAUGCUAGGCAAGGCAAAGGCUCAACAGAAACUCAUUGAUAAUCUUGAGGACCAGUUUGCUAAGGUUCAGAGGGAGUAUCAUCUCCCAGCUGGGGAUUUCCCCGACGUGGAGCACUUUAAAGAAGUUUUGAGCGGCUACAGUAUCGAUAAGUUUGAGAAGCUGAAGCCCAAAAUGGUGCAGGCUGUGGACGAUAUGCUUGCUCAUGACAUCCCCCAAUUGCUCAAAACUUUCAGGAACCCAUACGAACGCUGAGAGCAGGUAUCGCAUCGAGAGCAGUUUAUAACUACCAAUGAUUUCUAUUAUUUUUGAAACAGGGGCCAAUCUAUGGAUGGCUCAGAUUCCACCAUGUCCCACUGCGCCAUGUUAUUAUUAAAUUCGAACUUGUAACUAUAAGGUUGAGAUGUAGUGCUUUGGAUUCAUAUUCUGUGAUAUAUAAUCUUCGAUCAUUUUUUUUAAAAAAUUAAAAGUAA